CUCUGUUUUCUUCUUCUCAGCAGAGUAUUGCAUUCUCACCAUGAUGUCCUAUGACCGCUACGUUGCCAUCUGCAAACCCCUGCACUACGGGACCCUGCUGGGCAGCAGAGCUUGUGCCACCAUGGCAGCAGCUGCCUGGGGCACUGGGCUUCUCUAUUCCCUGCUGCACACUGCCAAUACAUUCUCACUGCCUCUCUGCCAAGGCAAUUUUUUGGAUCAGUUCUUAUGUGAAAUCCCUCAGAUCCUCAAGCUCACCUGCUCAGAUGCCUACCUCAAGGAAGCUGGGCUUAUUGUGAUUAGUGUCCUUGUAAUAUUUGGGUGUUUUGUUUUCAUUGUUGUAUCCUAUGUGCAGAUCUUCAGGGCCGUGCUGAGGAUGCCCUCUGAGCAGGGACGGCACAAAGCCUUCUCCAUGUGCCUCCCUCACCUGGCUGUGCUCUCCCUUCUUAUCAGCUCUGCCUCUUUUGCCUACUUGAAACCCCCCUCCAUCUCCACCCCAUUCCUGAACCUGGUGGUGUCAUUUCUGUACUCAGUGGUGCCUCCA